GACGUCACGCUAACGACACUCUGAAACCGGAAGAGAGGAAAUCACAACCGCCGUUAUCCCGUGGAUGUUUACAACGAAAACAAACAACAAAAAAAAAUGAAUCCUCCAAUUAUCAACUCUACUAAUUCGGUGACAACUUCUACUAAAAGUAAGUUUCUGAAAAGGAAAGCGAGAGGCCGAGCGCUCCGUCAACUGGACAGUGGAAGAGACCCAGGUGUUGCUGUGUGCCUGGAGUGACGAGCGAGUGCAGAAGAGCCUGGCGGAGAAUGUCCGUAACCGCCAUGUCUUCAAACACCUCUCAGCCCGCAUGUGUGACUUGGGCUUCUCACGCAGCCCUCACCAGUGCCGGCUCCGCGUCAAGACCCUCAAGGCCAACUAUGUCAGAGCCAAGCUGCUGAUGAGCGUGGAUGACUCCCAGCCCUGCAGUUUCAGGUACUACUCUGAGAUGGAUGCUGUGCUGGGGAGAAACCGCGCUAUGGAAGGGACUGGAGGAGGGCGCCAUUUUGGAUCUCCUGAAGGCAUAGGAGGAUUAUUAGGAGGGUGUCAUUUUGGGUCUGAAUUGAUCGCAGAAACAGGGCGCUAUUUGGGAUCUGAAGGGAUUGGUGGACUAAGAGGAGGACGCAAUUUUGUAUCUGCUGAGGGGACAACAGGACGGCAGUCACGGUAUAUGGUGUCUGAGAUGAAGGUGGAGGAGGAGGACAGGGAGGCAGACGACACUGACGACUACGAGUUCAACGGUGUAGGAAUCACCACUCGGUCGCUGGUUGGCCCGGGUGGAAGACGCCAUGAUGCUUUUCUAGAGCACAGCAACGACUAUCAUGAACCUGCUGUUCAUCCAUUGGAGGAUGACCGCAGCUCCAGGUCAACACCACCACCCCAACCUGCUUCCCCUUUUUCUCCACCCCCAGACCAUAGCCCCAACCUGGGCAGUGGUACCACUGUCCCCUCCACCCAGCCCCUAGAGCCUGUGUUGAAGCACCUGGCAGACUGUUUCCAGAGGCUGGUCUCAGAGUCCCGGGGUCUGAUGGUACAGCUGGAGGGCCAGAGGCAGGACCAGGCUCGCUGGCAGCAGGACUUGCUCUCUCAGUGGCUGGAGAGGGAGGAGAUGAGGCAGAGGGAGAUGACGGACAGGGAGGACCGGAGGGAGAAGGCCCGUAUGGCGCAUGAGAUCAGGGUACUGACGCUCCUCAGCGGCCUGGCCCAGAACCAGCAGAGACAGAAGCAGACACCACAUCACAGCUGCAGCUGUUGCCACCAGUGUAGCAGGGUGGAGGCGGUAGGUGGAGCUGCUUCUGGGGCUUCGACCAUCACCAGACGUGAUGAUGGAACUGAGGACAGAGACUGGAUGGAAUCAGAGGCCUUGUAGAAGAAAGGGUGGGGUACAGACCUGGGGUACAGACCUGGGUCAUCUUAAGUUCAUGGGUGUGUAAUCUGUUCAUACACUACGGCUGUGUUUUUGACCCCAGGUCGGGUGGGGGGUAAGAACUCCAUGCCUUUCAUGAAAUAAAUCUGUUUUUUGUUAAUUGUUUAAUUAACCAUAAAAUGGUUUAACCCUGACGUUAAGGGUUCAGUGGUCUCAGUGAAGCAACUGAAAUUCAGUAUUAUUCUCUCAACCUUUUUUUACAAUCUACUUUAUUGUCAACUUCACCAAUUAAAAUGUAUUGGUGUUCAUAUGGUUUUCUUGAUCUGGUGUAAGGAAACUCUCAUCUGUUCUGUUCACUUUGCUGACAGUUUUGCUCCCAUGUUUCAAUCCAUUUUGGUUUCGUUUGACGCCUAACGGAACACACCCCAAGUAUCUGUGAGUGUUCCUGUUGAAAAGGUGUGAAUGUCCGUCAGCUGUCUCAGACAGCGUUUUUAGGAAGUCGUCAUCCUCGGGGCUAUUGCAGCGUUUCUCAUGGUAAAUAGACAUGUUGACGGCUAGUUGACUAGGCAGGUGGUGCGAUGGGAGGUUGGCUAUUUACCACAGAGCUGCCUAACUAAACCAAGAGGUGGAAAGAAUGAAACGUUGGAGUUGGAGGGUUGAGUUGAGGUCAAUUCACUGUCAACUCGGUCACUCUGGGGGAAAUUAAUUGAAAUUACAAGUGACUGAUAUUAUUCAUAUUUUUUACUGAGGGUUUUCCUAUUUGUCCAGAAUUAAUAUUAAAAAGUGGCACUCUG